GCUGCGUGCCUCCCGUGCAAAACCGAACCCGUGUCCUGACGCCGCGAGCCUCUCCCAGCCCCGCCCCUCUCUCCCAUCGGAUCCGAGCGAGACUGACGCGGAAAAAUCGGGCCGGAAAGGAGUCGAAGGAAGAACAGACGCGAAGGAGACACUCUUCAAUACUCGGGCUCGCGGAACGAAGCCCUAGCGCCCUAGCCCUAGCCCUAGCUCCGCCCCCCGGUCCUCCGCCGCCGUCCCUCCUCGCCGGAGGCCCUACCCCCGACCCCCGCCGUGUUCCGCGGGGGCCUCGGCGGCGAUGCCCCCUUCCCUGGCCGAGGCUUUAUGAGCGGCGGCCGCCGCGGGGAGAUGGCCCGCGCCGAGGGCUUGCCGGAGGGGGCCGCCCCGGGCGUCGGGGUGGACCUGUACGCGCAGGCCAGGAAGGCCCUGUCGGUGCGGACGCCGUUCGAGGGCGAGGGGACGGCGCCUAGGGUUCCCACGCUGCCCGCGCGGCUCGUGAACUGGUCGGGGCAGAGCGACGCGCGGAAGAAGCACAAGAAGAUUCAGCCCCAGGACGUGGCUGAUGUGGAGCUCCCGCCGCAGCCAGCCACGGAGCCCUCUGCGAAGACUGGCGUGUGGGAGCAGUUCGAGGCGUAUUUCCGGCCGGUGAAUUUGGAUGAUAUUGAUAUGUUAAUGCCAAAGUUUCCGUUCGGCUAUGGCGGGCUCGAUUCGUGCAUCCUCAUACCAUUUGUGGGCAGUGGCAAGGAAUUGAUGGACACAGCUGAGACAUUUGAUGUGGCUGUGGCUGAAACAAGCUCGUACUUGGGUCUGGGUGGUGAAGAAAGAGUCAGUAACAAGGAGCAUAGCGAACGGAGUGAGCGAAGUGAGCAAAGUGUUGAGCAAGGCAUACAUGAGGUGAUUGUGCGACAGUUCGUUGGUAACAAGGAACGCGGUGAGCAGAGUGUAGAGCAGGGCAUACAUGAGGUGGUUGUGCAACAGGAGAAUUGGCCAUUGGAAGUGGAGCAAGCUACUAGCAGUGCUGGCAUUGUAUCAUCAAAAUGUGAAGAAGAGGGAGAAUCAUCACUGAAUUGGUUGCUAGGAUCAAAGGAACGGUUUGUGCUCACUUCAGAACGGCCCAACAAGAAGAGGAAGCUUUUAGGUGUGGAUGCAGGGUUAGAGCAGCUUGUUCUGCUACCGCGCUCGGGAGCUGAGGCUAGUUCUGUAUGUGAUGUUUGUUGUUUGGGGGAGAGUAGUACGGUGUCCAAUAGCAUGCUCAAUUGCAACCGCUGUAAGGUAACUGUGCACCAGAAGUGUUAUGGUUUGCAUGUUGUGCCUGAUGGCCAGUGGUUGUGCACUUGGUGUAAGGAUUUGGAGUCACUGCAGUCGUUGAAGAAAGAUGCGGACAACACCUUGUCGAUGCCUUGUGUUCUAUGCCCAAAAGAGAAAGGCGCUCUAAAACCUGUCAAAGGGGAGCCUGGUCAAACAGCGCAUGGGGGGAACCUUAAAUUUGUGCACUUGUUUUGUAGCCUUUGGACACCGGGAGCUCUUGUGGAAGACAUGGAAUCAAUGGAACCUGUUACUAAUGUUGGAAGUGUCCAGGAGAAUCAGUGGAAAUUGGUGUGCAGCAUUUGCAAGGUUAAGCAUGGUGUAUGUGUCCGAUGUAGUCAUGGAACAUGCCGAACACCUUUUCAUCCUAUAUGUGCACGAGAGUCCAAGCAUCAAAUGGAGAUAUGGGGAAAAUUUGGGUAUCCUAAUGUCGAGCUGAGAGCAUUUUGCUCAAAGCAUUCUACUAUUGGAUAUGCCAAUUCUCUAGAGAGAAGUAACUGUGCAUCUCACCAGAGUCCUACAGAAGCAAGGCUAAAAGAUGCAAACCUUAUCACUGGAAAGGUACCAAAACUAAGAUUCACGCGCAAGAACAAGGAUAAAUUCAUGAACUAUGAAGCCACUAGCUUUAACUCUAGUAACCUUAUCAAAGUAGAGACCAUAGAGCAAGCCUCUUUACCCCACACUGUUAGAAGUUCAGAUUCCCUAGCAAUCCAAGGGAUGGAAGUGGAUACUGACAAUCUCUCGGUUGGUGGGAACCUUAUGAGAAACUCUGCUGAUGUUGCUCUUGUUCUUAGAAAGCUAAUUGAUCAAGGAAAGGUUAGUGUUGGUGAUGUAGCAUCUGAAGUGGGUAUUUCUUCAGAAUCUUUGGAAGCUGCUCUUGUGGGUGAAACCACCACUUUUUCCCAUGGUCUGAAACUGAAAAUUAUCAAGUGGCUCCAAAAUUCUGCACAUAUACCAGCUGCUCAGGCAAAGAUUCUUAAAGGGGGCCCAAUGGUGGUGCAUAAUAGCAAACCAGGCAGGUCUGAGGAUACAAAUAGUGUAAACAUGAAGAAUUCAUUGGUUCCGAAUGAUGAGAAAGGAACAACAGCUUACUUGUCAGAUUCUGCUGUGAUGAAAUCCUCAUCAACAAGAUCUAAAGAUAAUAACAAGAUUAUGAGGGAUAACACAGCUGUCUGUGCAACUGGAGUAACAACCCUUUUGCAGAAUGGAAUAAAAAAGAUGGCUGAAGCAGGCGCUGAGCGUGAGUGUUCUUCCCCUGCUGAAGAUUGUGCUAAAGGUACUCCAAAGGAAGAGCAUGGAGGAUUGAUAUCGAACAACAUCUCUGGCAAUACACAAUUUGGAACUUCCAUGGCGAUACCAAAUGAAAAUAAAGGUACAUCUCCUGGAAAGAAAAGAUAUAACUUAACUGAGGCUGAACCUGGCUCGGAGCUGGAGGGUGUCUCUUCAUUGAAUCAAUAUUUUCCUCCAGGUGAUAAUGUAAAACAUGAGUUAAACUUGGUUGAAAAUGGUGUUGGGAAUAACCAUGAUUGCAACGCAGAUCAUGUUCCUGGACAGCCCUUUUCCAACUUCAAUGAUUCACACUAUUAUAUCCAUCCACUCAUCAAGGAAAAGAUGACUCAGCUUUGGGACAACACGUUCAAGCAAGAUAAGCUGGCACCAUGUCACCCUGAAGAUCCGUUAUGUUAUCCCGAUGAGAGAAGGCGUGUGGGUUCCUCGAUAAAACUUACAGAAACAACAGAUGUGAUGGAUCAAGUUUCAAGAGCAAAAUCCUUGGGUAUCCUUGAGCACUCACCUGAUGAUGAAGUAGAAGGGGAAAUGCUGUACUUGCAAGCCAGGCUACUUGACACUGCUGCCUUUCUGAAGCACAGAUAUGAAGAUUUAAUAGCAAAGGUUGUCCAGAAUCUCUCUCGUGAGUUGGAUGCUUUCAGUAGGAGAAAAUGGGAUUUUAUUUUUGUCAAUCAGUUUCUCCGUGAUGUUAGAGAAGCUAAGAAACGUGGGAGAAAAGAGAAGAGACAUAAAGAAGCCCAGGCCAUUCUGGCUGCAGCUGCAGCUGCAGUUGUGGCCUCCUCACGUAACUCAACUGUGAGAAAAGAUGCCAAUGAUGAUGUAGUACCUGCUAAGCAAGAGAAUUCUCCAAAAUUUGGCACUGGACCUCCAAACGUUGGCCAGCGGACUUCUUCACUACUACGACUCAAGGAUUUGUCAAAGCCACCCAACAACAAAAUUUCACAAGAUAAUAACCGCAGCACUUUUCAUAUGCCAAAUUAUUCCAAAGAAAAUGCACUAUACUGUGAUGUAUGCAUGCGAAGUGAGACUGUGUUGAACCGGAUAUUUGUCUGCUCCAGAUGCAAGGCUGCAGUCCACAUAGGUUGCUAUAGAAAUAUUGAGAAUAUUUCUGGCCCCUGGAAGUGUGAACUUUGCGAAGAUAUUUCACCAGAAGACACUUGUGUUGGUGAUCAAUCAGAUUGCAAUGGCACAAACCUGUCCUUAGUGCAGUGUGAUCUGUGCCAUGGCACAUCAGGUGCAUUUAGAAAGACUGCAGAUGGACAGUGGAUUCAUGCUUUCUGUGCUGAGUGGUUGUUGGAGACUGAGUAUGUGAGGGGACAAGAUAGUCCAGUCAAAGGAAUGGAAAGUCUUGUAAAGGACAAAGAUACUUGCUGUGUCUGCCUUCAUACUGUUGGCGCAUGUCUAAAGUGCAAUAAUGGGGACUGCCAAACCACUUUUCAUCCUUAUUGUGCUAGACAUGCUGGUUUCUACAUGAACACAAAAGGAUCUGGUGGUAUUUUGCAACACAAGGCAUAUUGUAGCAAACACAGCAUAGAGCAAAAGGAGGCUGAUAUGCAACAGUAUGGACUUGAGGAGUUCAACAACAUGAAAAGAAUGAGGGUUGAGUUGGAAAAAUUGCGACUCUUGUGCGAGAGGAUAAUUAAGAGAGAAAAGGUGAAGCGUGAGAGGGUUCUAUGUGAUCAUGACAUACUUGCCAAAACGAAGGAUACUCUUGUUUUCUCCUACCUUACACAUGGAGCAAGUUCAGAAUCUGCCACUACUUCUGUUAACAACAAAUCAUACAGUGGAACCAUGCAAAGGUCUGAUGAUGUCACAGUGGACAGUACUAUUUCUGGGAAAAAGGCGAUCAGGUUUUCUCUGAAUAACAGGGAUGCUGAGAUAAACACAGCUGAUAGCUCAAGGACACUGAUAUCGUUCAAACGGAAGUUUAGUGAAAGAGGAUCACUUGCUGGUAAGCAGCUCCCGCGAAGACCAGUUACCUCACAGAAAUUGGAAGCUGGAGAAAAGAAGACGAAGGAUAAGAAGAAUAGGGAAACAUUUCAAAAGGAGCUUUUUAUGACAUCUGAUCAAGCUUCUACACAGAACCAACGUCUUCCGAAGGGGUAUGCAUAUGUUCCUCGUGACUCUCUUUCUAAAGACAAGUUGCGGAAUCGAAAUACACAGGCCCAUGAACCACAAGAGCCUGGUGGAUAGGAGCAGCUGAGAUCAAGAUGGUUAAUCUUGUCUCAAGAAAGGCCAGAAGACGUUUGUUUCCUUGGUCUUCACAGCCAGAAAGUACAAGCGUCAAGUGGGGCUGGCCAGUCUUUUGCUGCUACAAAGGGUUCCAAGCAAACGAUGAUCCAAUUGGGCUGAAGUUGUAGAACGGUGCAAACUGAGUUAAUGUGAACGAGAGAACGAAACAGAUGAAUGUAUGGUGUGGGAUCUUUACCAGAAAUCUUGCUCCGCCUCAGGUCGCUCGGGUGAACGGCAACAUGGGUGGAUUUACCUGUUUGAGGAUAUACAAAGAUGCCUUUCUCGCCUGUACAUAUAAAUUCUCUGUAAUUUCUUUGUACAUUCUUGCCUUUGCGUGUGAUAGUUUAGCGUUGCAGAAGUGAUAGUUUAGCUUUGCAGAAGACAAAAAAAGAAAUAACCACUCUUUGUUGGGAUUACAAGAAAAGAAAUGGUCCAUUGGUGCGAGUCAGGGCCACCGCGGGGCUGAUAAUCGCUCAAGGGAUUGGAGACAGGCAAUUGGUAAUGGCUAAUGAGGUCUGAUUCAUUGCUGCCUGUUGGGAUGGAGACGGCGAAAGCAGUUGAAAUGGAACUGUUGGUUUACAGCAGCCAUUUUAAUGGUGAAGUGGUGAUAGCUGGUAUAGUUUUAGAUACAGCAGUACAGUCUGACCCUGUUCUUUUUUAUGUUGAUUGGUUGCGGGUGACUUGCUCGGAGCUUGUUAACAACCAUUUAAUAUUUCAGCAAACAAGAGGUUUUUGUUUUAAUGACUAGUAAUAACUUAGUCUGGUGUGGUAGUCAGCUUUUUUAUAUGUUAGAUGCAGAUAAUUUUUUAGUCUGAGACAGGUGUUUUCCUCUUGCCGUCCAGAUUUGUAACUUGGGUUAAUAAUCUUUCCUACCAUUGGGAGCCACACAGACGAUGUAAAAAAACAUUUUCUAAAGAUUUUAGUGGUACUUAUGUUCAUUUGUUGUA